AUGUCUUCUAAUCUCUACAUUAGAGAAGAUCUUGUAUCACUCAAAGCGGAACUCUUGGAAUCGGUUAUUUUUUACGAUCCUAUUGCAUUGGCGUCGAAACUGUCACUUCACGAAUUUACAAAGAGCGAUGCAAGCGAGUCUUCUAUUUUUAGAAUUGGUAAAAAUCUGAAAAGCUACUUGUCUAAUAUUUUGUGCGCUUCGUCACCAGUCCUUCUCGCCUAUAGUCAAUAUAAGAGUGCUGGAUAUCCUUGGACUGUUGGAUUCUUGCCAUCUUCCCUUGCGGCCGUUCUUGCUGUUAGAUUUUUGGAGAUAUCACCUCCUAUUUCAACAGUGGAUGAUAUUUCCUCUUUCAAAGAUAUCCAACCGGACGUCGCGUCACCUGAUUCAACAUUGACUGCUAUUGCGAUCUCUUUGUCUGCAUCCUCGUCUGAGAAAUCAUCGCUUAACGGUUGGAGACGUUGGCCCCUAUCUUACGUUGACCCCUAUCCUCAAUGGCGUACACUUAACUUCUAUUUGGAUGAAGUUGCCGCAAUCGGAUAUAGCAACGGAGUUAUAGAAGUAAUAUACCUAAGCACUGAUGACGGUCCUCAAAUAAUUAUAAAGAACUCCAUCGAAACUGAUUUUGCUCCAAUUGUUGGGUUAUAUUUCGUACAGGGCUCUUCACAUCUACUUGUGUGCAGGUUUUCGGGUGUAAUGGAAAUAUGGAACCUUAACCGUAAAUGUGCUGGAUAUUCAGCUCUUUUAGUUUUCCAGAAGCUCAGAGAAUCUCCUAUUUUUUCGACUGUUUACGACCCUAAAAGUUCUCUUCUCGUCCUAGGGGGUGGAUUUGUUGGUUCUGGUGGUGAAAGUUUAAAAGUCUUUUCUGUUGUGGACUUCUCAUUGGACGAAUACUCACAUUGCCAAUCUCUUUGCUCGGGCAGUGCGAAUACAUCUGGUACUCCAAUGAAAUUUCGAUCAAUAAUGCGAUCGAUUUCUUCUAGGCAAAGUAGUAAUUUGAUUGAUGGAUUUGUUAGCCUCUCUCUCUCUCCAGAUGGGAGUUUUCUUUCUGCAUUGCAUUGCACACGUGCUAUAUCUGUUUGGUCUUUUCCUGCUUGCUCUCUAAUUACUACUAUCAUAUCAGAUGCUGUGACAAUUGAUAGCUCGAUUCUCUCUUGCAAACCUCUUUCACCUUUCCUCAAUUCUAAAAUUACAGUUCCUCUACAUUUGAGUUGGUGGCGGAGAGUUUCUCAAGUUCCUCUCUUAGCGAUUCUGAAAAGUGAUGGUUCUCUUUCUGUAAUCGAUAUUGACACUCUAGAGAAUCAGCUCUUCAACGUCGAUCAAAAUCAGGAAGGUAAGCCUAUCCAACUGGCACCAUUCACAUCAUUUGCUGCUGUAAAUGUAAUUGAUUCAAAUAAAGCAGAGCUAAUUCUGCUUGAAUGUACACUAGAAAACCUUGGAAAAGAGGAUGCCAAAAAUGUUCUCCCUGGUACUUCUUCUCAAGGUGGGUAUAUAGGUAGAAUUGCGACAGUGUUGGGUAUAUCGAGAAAAAUGGAAACUGGAUGCGAUUUUACUGACCAAAUAGAAAUUGCAACUGCUUCUAUACUCAUGAGGGCAAAUAUAAUUCGUAUCGCCUCAACCUCUCGGCUAGAACUCUGCAUUCAUCGAUUGCGUAGUUGCCGUUUUUCUGAAGCACUUGAUCUUGCCUGUAAUAGUGAUAUGGAAGUUAGCCCGGAAACCGUGUGGCAGUAUCAGUUUCUUUCCCUGUUCCAUUUUCCCGUUAAACCCACCUCAUUUGAGCGUUUGGUCAAUCUUUGCGUUCAGAAAAUUACCAGGCAUGGUAAUUGGUUGCUUCGAGAGUGUCUUUGUGAGAUUCCUCGUGUUGAUAUACCCCUUUGGGAUGCUGUUGACCUCUUUCAUACUACAAGAUUCCUACUCAAUUCUGUUCUUUAUCGUUCCACAAACGUAAACACAACAGCUCUCUUUCGGGAACGUAUUUAUCAUCUUGAUAUAAUAAGCCGUAUUUAUGCUGAAGAGUGUGCCACAUCUCUUUCAUCCAAACUUGUCACUCAUGAUCAUGAUUUUACUAGAGAUGUCAAAGCGCGGUGUCUCGAAAUUGAAGUUUAUCGACAAAACCAUCCUCUGGCUAUUGCUCUAUGGUAUCUCCACAGUAAAAGAUACACUGCUUUUGCUAUUCUCCUUUCCCACUACCAUUCUAUUCUUUCUCCUCAUUUGAUUUCCCUUCUCUCUACUAUCCCCGCAACUCAAUCUCCCGUCAUGUCCCUUCGCCCGAUUACUCAAUUUCCCUCUGCAAUGUCUGAUGAAAUUCCUACUUUGACUGAAUCAAUAGAGAGUAGCUAUCAAGUUGCCUUCCACCGCCUUACCUCUCUCCUCCCUGCAGGUUUCCCAUGGGUAAAUUCUCCCCCAACCUAUUCUAAUUUUGCCAACUGGGCUUGCAGUCGUGCCUAUGAGUUAGAUCGCUUGACGGGUAUUGUUACCAACUCUGUGGAGUUGUUGGAAGUUGCUACUGACAUAAUCAAAAGUGUCUCAUUUGUUGGAAAUGGACAGCUUCAACGUGCAAAGCGCAGGGCUUUGAGGAAACUCGAACGGCAUUUAAAUGAAGUGAACCAAUUUGCUUCAAUUCUUUAUCGUGCCUCUGCGGGUUAUGAUUUCUCCAGCACUCUUCGUCGGAAGAUUGAUCUUGGGGAUGGACUAGUGGUGUAUUUGAAUCAGAUCAAAUUGAUAGAGUUUCACAAACUUACCUCAGAGCAACGUUUAGAGAUGCUUAUUCGUGCAUACAUAUCUUCGUCCUCUAAACUGAAGCCAGUGGACGUGUUUGCAAUUCUUACUAAUGGCCUACUGCCAUUCAUCGCGUCAUACGCGAAGGGGCCAUUGGAGCCUCCUCUGAAACAGUGCCUCCUCAGAGUUGCAGAGUUCUGUAGUGUGGGCUUUGAAGCCAUAAUUAUAUUGGCUAGGCACUGGCAAACAGGAGAUGUAGCGCUCGCCACAGCGCUUAAAGACUUUUCUUUUCAACAAUGCCUUGUUGACUUCCUCAUUGAAUUUUCACCAUCGUCAACGGAUAGCUCUGAGACUUAUCUGCGUAACGCCCAGGAACUCAUCUCAAUCCUCUUCCAAACCCAAAGUGGUGGCGAAGAAGAUGUCUGUCUUCAGCGCUUGUCGGAAUGCUGUAACGCUCUACUGGAAUAUUACACCCUUGUCUCGGAACUGGGAUAUUUUGCACCACCCAAAGGAAUGCCAGUAUCCCUUGGUGAUGCUCUCACGCUCAGUAGUGACCCUGCUCGUUUUAUGCAAUUAGUGAAUCGAUGGAUUCGCUCAACUCUCAUUGCUCAAAGUGAAAUGCAUCGACAGGCGAAAUAUCUAACUGAGGACGUUACCUCUCGACGUGACGAUAUUGCCUCGUCUUCUCUCCAAGCCAUGAAAAAGCAUGUCUACUUUUAUAGUACUGCUGGUGAAGAAAGCACAAGGUCAUCGGAAAUCGUUGAAGACAAUUCGUCUCCCAUAGCUAUAUUUCAACGUCUUUGUGCGGCUCUUACACAUCUUCUGGGUGCAAAUACAAAUGAUGAGGCACGCUAUAAUCUUCUGGUCGGUGUACUCUGCUCCGGAGAUCGUUGUCUGAUUGAUUUUGCCAGGUCAGAGUUAGUCAAAGAUGCUGAGCAUGAUUCUGUUUGGAUUAAGUCUCUCCAUUACGCAAGUGGUGUUUACUUCGACGCCACACCUACUUUUGGGAUGGGAGAAGUAAAUGAAGAACUGGGUGCCUUGUGUCUUUCUUUCCUCCCUUCACACGAUGAUUCAACUAAUUUAAAAUUUUACGGAGCAGUCAAAUUUCUAUCUGCUAUUGAUCGCUUAAAUGGUCGUUCAUCAGCACUUUUUUCUCGUUCAACAUGGUUGAAAAUGCGGCAAAAAAGAAAGGCCGAACUUUUCACUUCAGCACUACAGGAACUUCUCUAUCUUACCUACUUGACUGAGGUGGACUUAAAGCAAGCUGGAAGGUAUUUUGACCUUAAUGAAGUGGAGGUCAACCGAUGUUUUCUCAGAGCAGCAAUACAGGCCGCGUCAAGUAAAACACUUCCCAUUGCUGCUACAGAAAAGACUGUUACCUUGAUGUUAACAAUCUUAUCAACUCCUGAACCUUCAGCCUGGCGUGAAUUGAGAUUAUGGAGCAGAGCGCCAGGUGAAAUUCUGAGUUGUCUUUUUCCAAAUCUGAAGGGAGCAGUGCUUGAACGAUUUCGCUUAACUUUGGCACGGUUCGUUAUUACGCAUUCUGUCUUUGAGGCUAGUUGUGUUGAGUAUUCUGAUAUCACUUCUGAUUUUAUCGAGACCUGCGCCUCACAAAAGCCUAGUGAAGGGCCAGGGAGUUCUUCCAGAGCUACGGGACGAAUAUUCUCUGUACUGUCAUCUAAUUCUUCCUCUUCUCAAGAUUAUCCUAUAAUUAAAAACGGCAAACCGUACUUACCUUGCCAUUUUUAUAUAUCUCCUCUUGACCCUAUUGAGCUUGAAAAUUAUUCUAUAUCUCGAUCGUCAUCCUCUUUCUUCGCGAAUACGAAAUCUACUGAAAAUCUCGAUACAGCUGGCAUUCACGAGAUGUGGAUAAAUGGAUGCCUCGAUGCCCAUGCUCUUGACAUAGCUCUUUCGUAUGCUUAUGGACCGCCUCUCGGGCUUAAACCUCGUUACUGGACUAAACUCCUCUGUACGCGUAUCUCGGAUCGUAUUCGCACAAGUGAAAAUGAUUGUAACGAAAUGGAAAAUUUUCGAAUUGUUGUUGCGAGUGUGUCGGGCAUUACUCCCCCUACGAACUCGAAUGCUCUUUUUCCUUCUUCUAAAAUCCUCUUACGGUCUCUUUCACGUCUUGCUGACAAACAUCCUCGUAUUGCUCAAUGGCGCUCGAAGGCACUUGUGUCCCUAUUGGUCAGCAACCCGGAUAAAUUCUUCCAUGAUUCCGAUUAUCGUCGUAAUGAAUUGAUGUCAAUUUCACGAACAAGUCAUGAGGUAUCCCUUCUCCUUGCCAGACACAUGCAGGAGUCGAGAUCACAACUUAUACUUUCUAACCUUUCCGCCAUUGUGUUUUCCGAUCCCAGCAUUGAAUCUGAAGAAAUCAGACGCCAAUUAAAGGAGAUAUCCCCUUAUCUGAAGCGAGAUUUAUCAGUUGAGGAACUGACUACUUACUUAUAUGAGAUCAUUGAUCCUCGUAUUGAUGAGAUCCCACUCUGUAGAAUUUACCCACUUUUGAAGGUCUUUUUUGUGAUUUUGAAUGACACUGAUAUGGGGUGGACACUUCGUGGUGAUAGCCUAUUAACUCAUCUCAAUUUGAUGCGAACUGUAAUGUAUUUGGAUUCGUCGGUUUACUUUGCUAUUCUCUCAGCUCUACAUGAAUCAUCUCCUGAAGAUGUCAUAGCCCGUGUUAGACCCCUUUUGAUUAACAAAUCAACAGUUGAAGGUGUCGUUGCCUUAAUGCAACACUACGAGUUUUCACCCAAGGACAUUAGUAAAGCUAAAAUCUUUGCUACUUAUGCAUCUAGUCUUUUGGAGAAGUUGGAUUUUCCUGUUAGAGACUGCACCGAAUUUCUAGACUCAAUGGUUGAGGAUAACGGUGAUGCGUCUUUACUUGUCAGUUGGAUAUUGGAAAAUCUGUUUGGGCAGAAGGCUUUUACGCGUUCUCUUGAUCUUGCGGGUUCAAUGGAAGUGGUUACUUCAGCCAUCGAAGUCUUAAGAUCUAGAACGACUGAUAAGGAGGCACUGAACACACUGAACCGUUUGAGGUCAGACCUCCAGAAACGUUUAGAUUGGAUUCAGGAGCCAUCUAAAGAAAGUUUGUUACUUAGUGAAUCCCUCCUUAAAAAUGUUAUCCUGCAUCGUUUCGAUGACAUAGAAUCCGUUCCCAUAUUGUUCCUCCAAGCUACCCGUGAAUUCACUUCAAAGUCAGCUGUCGAGGACUCUACAAAACCGUUUAGCAUUAUUCUUUCCUCUUUCAUUGCCUUCAUUGAGCGUAUUGCUGGCCUAUUGAGUGAAGAUUUCGAUGAAGUUAUUCUGACAGCCUUAUCUAAUGCUUUAAAUGAUUUCCUUAGUGUGACUGUACUAGAUUGGGUCUACUUGGAUGCCUCAUCUCGAAUCGACUUGGAGAAAUCUGAUGAUAUUAUUGUGAACUUUGUCAGGAGUAAGUCAGUUAAUCAACAUGAUCUAGUUAUAUCCUACCUUCUCUCUCUGUCUUCACUCCGGCAGAUUUUCGGAACUGUAAUCCUGAACAUCAAUCCUUCUGUUGAACAUCGGCGAAUUCUUACUCACGAUGCAUUUACUUAUGUCUUAUCUCACUUCGGCUUGCCAUUAAAUUCAAUAGAAAAUCCAAUUGAGAGGCUACUCAUCUAUCUUAGGGGUACUCAACCACUUGCUGAUCCAAUCAUGAGCUUAUUGGGCGAAGAAGGCUUAAAAAAUGCAAGUCUAGUUCAGGCCGUCGCUGUUGCCAUUGAAUUAUCUGUGCUCUAUCUACCCAAGCACUCCAGUGAUAAUGAAGUGAAGGUGUGGCAAAGUUGGUUAAAAUGCUUCACUCAGCACCAACUCCUCCAUAAAUUCCCAAGACAAUUGAUAUCUCGUAUCCAUAUGGCACGAAACCCCAAUGAAUCUUAUCUUAAGGCACUUGGAAGUCUUAAGACGGAUGAUCCUAACUUAAUUGAAGUAGUUCAAAGUGCUAGGCUUUUAGCUUUUUCUCCUUAUGAUAAUUUUUUGUCUGAUCUUCCCGAGAGAGUUAGGUUGGAUCCUAUCUCAAGUCGGCGAUUUGUCAGCAGAGGCGAUGUUUUGAAGAUGGAUAAUCUCAAAUCCUCUAUUUUGGAGGCCAUUCUGGAGGUAACUGUAAAUCCACGCUAUGACGCCUUCCUUCGAAUCGUGUUGAGCGAAAUGCGGGCAUCUGAACAUGCCUGGUUGGAGAUAGUUCUUAUUGGUAAAGCCCUUCUGGAAAGAAAUCAAAAGAUAGGAACAAUGAAGGAAGUACUUUUGAAAAUUGGGACAUUUCUCAGCCUUACGUAA